AUGAAUAAGGAAAAAGAAGAGUUUGAUUUGAUUGAUAGAUCAUUCGAUGCCUCAACAGUCGGAACGCCUAACAGUAAAAUUCGGUUUCGAUACACUGACAAAAAAGAAUUCUGGCUUUCAAACGCAGGAUCCAGAGCUUAUGUUUUUCGACUUUUCACUUGCUUCUAUGCCAUUUUUAUCGUUAUAGCAGGAAUAGUCAUAGAACUGUCGAAUAUCAUUGCAACAACAGAAAACACAGACAAAAUUAGUAUCAAAGAUUUGGUCCUCGGAACAUGGCUCCUGGGAGGUUCUAUUCUUUUUAUCGCCUACUGUUCAUAUUUAGUUCACGAUAUGCAUUUCACGAUUAAACGCCGCCGUCAAAAUUUCCGCAAUAGUACGAUGAGUGAUGGCGUUGAACCAGAAGUGCUUGCAAACACUUCAACCGGAAGUCUAUAUUUACGUCUAGGAUGUGUUGUUUUUGGAAUCAUUGGUGUGGUUUAUUAUCUACUUAUCUUUGUCAUAUGCUUGUUGGGUUGGAGCUCGAAUGAGGGAGAGUGUAGUGCGAUAUCAGAUAUUCUGAAUAUGAUGGCAGCUGUAUUUAUUUUUGUACAAAUGUGGUUCGUUUAUUGCAAUGGAAAAAUCAUUUUCACCGGUGAUGGUAACUUGGCAAGAUUUGGACUAAUGCAUUUGACAGGAACCAAUCUUUGGAUGUGGUUGCGAUAUAUUUUGUAUGAAGAAGUCGAAACUAUCAAAGAAAUCAGACAUGCUCAGCAUAAGAACGAUUCUCAAGGUCUUGCACAUGGACAUUAUCACGAAGAGCUUGAAGAGAUAUGCAAAGGAGUUUUGUGUGUCUUUACUGGAUACAACGAAUUCAUGUACACCUGCGUGGUAGAGUACUCAUUGAUCUGUGCAGGUGUCGCUUUCGUAUUCUGGACCAAUUUGGAACGACUGAAGAGAGGACAGAUGGAGAACAGAAUGAAAAAACGAAGUAUUCUCAAGAUUGACUGCUCAAGAACUGCGGAGGGGCUUUUUGCUGGAUUUGCUUGCAUCAUUAUCACAAUCAUCGCCAUUGCUCUUUUCAACGCGUACUCAACGGAUAAAAAUGUAGCUCAAUGGGUAAGUAGAAAUCUUCGAAAUUCGGAAGCUCAUGCUAUUUUUCAGAUAUUUUCUUGUACUAACAUGAUUUUCUUCCUCAUCUCCACUUUCUUGGUGCUCUUCGCGUUUUGGAGAAUGAAGUACCUGAAGUUUCUUAUGGAAGAUGAUGACGCGGAAGACGACAAUGCAGAAUUGCUCGAUAGAAUUCUUCUUGUAGUAGGACUGAUGGGAGAGCUCACAUUCUCCAUUGGUGGAAUUCUCUCCUUUGUAAACAACAUUUCUGUCGGACUUCCACUUAUUAUUUUCAUCACGAAUGUGUUGAGACUGAUCCAAGUAACAUUCCAAAGUGGUCUCUUGAUGGUUGCUUCUCGUCUAAGGCUCGAAGAAGGUGACCAGCAUAUGCUUAGGUAUAAACCGGGGAAACAAGUCAUCACAAUGUUGUUGAUGAUGAAUUGCGCACAAUUUCUGAUGAAUGUUUUUGAAGCUCAAAAAGCUGGAAUCAACGACGAGAUGAUCAGUAUGUACGGAUCGUACUACUGGGCAAUCAUUGUUCGUGGUUGUUCACCGUUAACCAUUUUCUAUAGGUUUCACAGCUCCGCCUGCUUCGCCGAGGUCUGGAAGAAGACUUUCCGACCGCCGAAGAAACCGAAAGAGAACGAGGAGGAGCGAACCCAGUUAUAA